CUCAAACCUGGUCUGGAACUGGACGGAUAUCUGACCUCCAUGCAGUGUCAAGAGCUACUGGUGCAGGGCCUGAGUUUGGGGAUGAUCCUGGGUGGGGUUAUGCACUUUGUUUGUCUCGUGAAGUCUCACGCUGCCUACGGCCGCUACGUGGAUGCUUCUACCAGCUCCGUGAUGGUGUCCGCGAGGCUCGCUUGGUUCCUUCAGGAGCUACCUGCUCUGCUGGUGUCUCUGCUUUUGUUGCUGAUGGCGGAUGGGAAUCAGGGCUUUAAAGGACAACUGACGCUCUGGAUGUUCUGCUUGCACUACUUCCAAAGGAGCUGCAUCUACUCUCUGCUGACCAAAGGACGGCCAUACCCGUUCAUCAUUAUGCUGUCGGGAAUGGUGUUUUGUUCUAUCAAUGGCUUCCUUCAGGCACACUAUCUGUUGCACUGUGCUGCAUAUCAAGACCUCUGGUUUUCUGAUGGUCAUUUCAUAGCUGGUUUGAUUCUAUUUUUCAUAGGAAUGGGGAUCAAUAUUCACAGUGACCACAUUCUUCGCAACUUAAGAAAACCUGGAGAAGUUUCCUACAAAAUCCCAAAAGGUGGCUUGUUCCAGUAUGUGUCUGGAGCGAAUUAUUUCGGGGAAAUUGUAGAAUGGCUGGGCUACGCUCUUGCUAGCUGGUCUUUACCCACAUUUGCUUUUGCUUUUUUCACCAUAUGCUUCCUAGGCCCUAGAGCCUAUCACCAUCACAGAUUCUAUAUUGAGAAGUUCAAAGAUUUCCCAAGAUCAAGAAAAUCUCUCGUACCAUUCAUCUUCUAAACAACCUGGACAGCCGAAUGACGUUUUACAGCAUUCUGACAGAUGGACAGCAUUAAAUCUUUCAGUUCCACAUGCAAUUUUAGUUUGUUUUUAUUACCUGAAUUAGCAUAUUGUAUAUUGUG